GAAGUUUAAAGCGGAAGUACAUCGUUCCCUGCCGGACCCUCGGAGUGUAACACCGAGCGUUGAGUGUAGCGGGUAAGUUCAAAAGUAAAGUCACCACUAACGGAGCGACGAUGUCCUCGGUUCAGCAUCUGAAAGAGUUCAUCUCCCAGCGACUGACCGCUGCUGCUGUGGAAAUAUUCGGAGCCUUUGAACAAACCAUCGUCGAGUACGAAGAAGAGCUCGACCGUCAGCGCAGACUGUUGGACGCUGUGUUGAGACCUGAGAUCAAACUACACAGGAUAGAGAUUCCAGAUGUGUGUGAGGAAGAGGAGGAGGUUCCCACUCACCUGCAGAUCUGUCAUCACGUGAAGAAAAUUAGUCAGGAUGAAGAUGAUCCAAAUCUUCCACAACUAAAAGAGGAACAUGAGGAACCACACACCAGUGAGGAAGGAGAGAUGCUUGCUCUGAAGCAGGAGAUCGAUAAUGUGAUGAGUUCAGCAUACGAGGACAAUGCAGCAGAAGUAAAUGGUGACAGUCAGCUCCUCUCUCACAACUCUCUUGUCGCUCUCCACGUAGACAAUUCUGCUAUGUUAGAGAGUCCCACAGAUAAAAAGAGUUUUAUAUGUAUCACUUGUAAUAGAACAUUUAAGCGUAAAGGUGCAUUACAGAACCAUGUGAAAACCCACACAAGAGAGAAGCCAUUCCCCUGCAAAACCUGCGGAAAACAAUUUAGACGAAAAACAGAUCUAGAUAUUCAUAUGAGGAUUCACACAGGUGAGAAGCCAUUCCCCUGCAAAACCUGCGGGAAACGAUUUAGACGAAGACCACAUUUACAAAUUCAUCUAAGGAUCCACACAGGUGAAAAACCAUUCCUCUGCAAAACCUGCGGGGAACGAUUUAGACAUAAACCCAGUCUGGAAGGUCAUCUAAAGAUCCACACAGGUGAGAAGCCAUUCCCCUGUAAAACCUGCGGGAAACGAUUUAGACUAAAACACGAUCUAAAUGUUCAUCUGAGGAUUCACACAGGUGAGAGACCGUACCUCUGUAACAUCUGCGGCAAAGCCUUCCAGGAUAACAGGAGUUUGAAACGACACGUCAUGGUGCACACAGGUGAAAAUCCUAUUCCUGUACAUGUGAACCAAGCUUUACAGGUGGUAAAGCCUUGUUGAACCACACAAGGUCUCACACAGUUCUGUGUGGGAUUGUGCAAAAGCUCAUAAACAGGACGGCAGCAUCUUAGUUGCAGUUAUGUUCAUGUGGUAUAUUGUCUUUUUUUAAUUUCCUAAUAAUAAAAUGAUUCGUUGUGA